UCUACCAAGCAGUGGGGAUCACAAGUGUAAUGGCUGGUGGAAGCUCGGAAGUGCAGCGGUUCUACAAGGACUGUGGGGUCUUUGUGACCGGCGGGACGGGUUUCCUGGGCAAGCUGACCAUAGAGAAGAUCCUCAGGAGUUGUCCUGAUGUCAGGAAAGUGUACGUCCUGAUACGGCCUAAGAAAGGUUUAUCCGUAGAAGAAAGGAAAAAGACACUACUUGACAAUGUGAUGUUUGACCGCAUGAAGCGCGAGCGGCCAGACUCGGUGGACAAGAUAGUGUUCGUGGCCGGAGACAGCUCUAGUCCUCGCCUGGGCCUCAGUGACUCGGACUACCACCACCUGACCCAACAUGUCCACAUCGUGCUGCACCUGGCCGCCACGGUCAGGUUCGACGAGAAGAUGAAAGUGGCAAUAAACACAAACAUCAAGGGCACUAUGGAGGUCAUACAUCUGUGCCAGGAAUGUAUAUUACUUAAAGCAGCAGUGUUUGUCACCACUGCAUUCUCAAAUUUAUUCGAUCGUGUAGUGGAAGAGAAGUUUUACGACUCACCGAUGCAGCUGGAAGAAAUAGUUGCACUCAUGGGCGGUCUCUCUGAACAAGAACUUGAAAUUCUGAGUCACAAGAUCACAGGUCGUUGGUGUAUCCCAUAUUUGUUCUCAAAGGCAGUAACAGAAAAUAUGAUAUUAACACAUUCAAAAGGAUUACCAGCUGCAAUUGUGAGGCCAUCAAUGGAUAAUGGCGGACGUCAGUGGCAAUGCAGAGAAGCCAUGACAAAAAACGAACGCGGCAUUCAAGGAAAACAAAAGAUGAUGAAAAUUAGAGGACUAGCAUAUAAAUCCUACAAAAAUAUUGGCAUGUGUGCCAAGUUUCCUUUACAACAGGUAAGAGAUUUACUACACUUACCCACAUUAUAUUUACGUACAGUAUUUAUAUUUAAAAAAACGACAUGUCGUACUAUUAAUAUCUAGCAACAUCAGGGUAACAUGAUCUCUGCAUGGUAAAUACAGUCAUUUUAAUGGUGUAUGUAACAGAAUAUUAUUAGUAGAAAAAUAUGUCACACAUUAGUGCAAUACACAAACUGGUACAUAUACAGAGCUGUAAUGAAAUAAUUCAUUUGCACUGCUUACUACCGAGUGGGGUGAUGCAACAGUAGGUAACACGUUGCAGUCGGGUUUUGCAGGACGGGGGUUCAAAUAUACCACUCAAGCCAUCCUAAUUUUGAUUUUGCAUUAUUGCCUAAAAUAAUUUGCAGGUAAAUGCUAGAAAUAUUAAUUAAUUACUUAACAUAGGCGACGGUAAAGGCCCCCCCCCCCCCCCCCCCAAAACUCUCCCUAGUUUAUCACUUGUCUGGAGGAAAAAUUUGGUCAGCUCUUAACAAUCAGGAAUUUUUGCACUUGAUUUUAAGCAACUGCAAAUACUUAUUGACAAAAAUAAGUCCGCAGAGAUUAUGUUUUCUGACAAUCGUACAAGACAUUACCCUGGAAAGUUUUCAGACGAAGAUCAAUCUAGUAUCAGGGACCACAUAAACACUUUUCCUCGUGAAAACAGCCAUUAUAGUAGAGCUCGGUCCAGUAAGGAGUAUUUAAGUCCUGACCUAAAUGUUGACAGAAUGCAUUCACAUUACAAAAUGAUGUACCUACAGUCAACUGUAAGUUACCUAUAUGUGUUAUCGGAAAGUUUUCAUCAAAGAUUUCCCUAGUAUAUCAUUCCGGAGACCUAGGAAAGAUACCUGUAAAGUGUGUGAUCGUUUGAACAUUGAGGUGAAAGGUGGUAUCCCAGAAUCUAUGCGGGCCAAAACCACACAGGAGCUUCACCACAGGAAAGCAGAUAAAGCACAGACACUUUUAAAGAGCGAUAUAUCUUCAUUCACAGCUGCCUGACAGCAAUACAUGCUGCAUUUCAAUAGAUUUAGAGCAGGUUAUGUUUGUGCCCACACUAACCCAUUCCGAAAUGUUUUAUCUCCGUCAGUUGUCUUGCUACAACUUCGGCAUAUCUGUAGGUGACACCAACGAUUCCUUCAUGUGUAUGUGGGCCGAAACAAUUGCAGGGAGGGGAGGCAACGAGAUUGCUUCAUGUCUUCUAAAAGUAUUAUAUAACAGAAAUGUCACAAACAAAAAAAGACUUAUAGUUUGGAGUGACAACUGCGUGGGACAAAAUAAGAACUGUAUGAUAGUAUUUUUGUUCCUUUUUCUGGUGGCUAUUGGACUAUUUGAGCAUAUCGAGCAGUGAUUUCUUUUUAAUGGGCACAGCUUUCUCCCAAGUGAUUUGGAUUUUGCUAUCACUGAAAGGAGAAAACGAAUCACUAAAGCCAUUAUUCCAAGUGACCUACACCAAAUAAUAUGAGAUGCUAGAGUGAAAAAACCAUUUCACGUAGUUCCCAUGAAUCAAUAUGACUUUCUUGACUUUCAGAUAACAGCUGACAGUGUAAUAUAUACAAAGAAUCUUAACAUUUCUAAAGCUGUCUCUAUCACCUAUGAUUCUGACUUAAGUACUAUGGUAUAAAAGACUCUCAUUCCGAAUUGGAAACAUGUAGGAAGAUCAAGAUAUUGAGGAAAAGGAAAACUGUGUUGGACAUACGGAAUGCAAUUUUAGAAGCUACUUUUAAAAAAGUUAGCAUUACAGAAGA